UUCCCCCCACAGACGUGCGUGACGUAGACGACACAAUGUUGUUUUCAGUUAUGCCUAAAAGUUUUAGAAAUAAAGACGAGUGAUUUUCAUCGAAUUGUGACAUCUGUGACCUGGAUCGAACUAAUUGCCUUCAAAUUACAGCGAAUUCAAUUCUUAACCUUGAAGUGAGAGCACAUAAUGGCUUUCAAAAAUCCAUUUAGCUCCAACUCCUCCAUGGGGUUCGUGUUCAACACCGUCAUGAGCAGCAUCCCGCAGACGGAGUCGUACAAGUGGACUGUGCGCAAGGAAAAGCCCCAGAAGUAUGUCUCUAUGGUAGUUGUCGCCCAUGCAGAUUACAUGAAGGUGUACAAUGAUGAGAAGGGAAAGGUGUUUGAGUGUGUCGUCCAAGCUCCCGGGGGAUCUGACGCUUUCAGUUUGUUCCGUUUAACAAAUGAGGAUGAUGCCUUAGCCAGGUUCAUACUCCUACAUCAACACAUCCAGCCAUUUUUCAAUGGUCCGAUGGGACUCUACGAUGUGACUGUAUUACAGAAGCUAAGUGACAUCACCAGGAAAAAGGAAAACAUAUCACAUGCCCAUGCAGCUGUCCUAGCGGGUUUGAAUGAUGCUUUCAGGUGCCCAGAAGUAAUCAAGCAUGUGAACAGUAAGAAUGGUCCCACAGGAAAGACACCUCUUCAUUCAGCCAUAGAGUGUAGGUCCAUGCAGGCGGUUAUGCAACUCCUUGAUUGCGGAGCUUCUCAAGAAAUGGUGGAUGACAACGGGGAUGGCGUCUUCCACUAUGCUGCAAGAUCUCCAGCCUUUGGCAGUCAAGUCAUGUCAGUAUUGUCCAAAGACAAACAGCUGAUGGACCGAACCAACAAGGCCGGUCAGUCUGCCCUCCUAGUAGCCUGUCAAGAGGGUAACUUUGAUACAGCUGUCAAGCUGGUUAGAUCAGGAGCCACGGUGGAUAUGAACGAUAACGUGGGAUACCCCAUCCACUAUGCCCUCAAAAAGUGCAAUGUUAACACUGCACUGAUUAUUCUGGAAAAACAUCGAAAUCAGGGUAGAGCCAAAUGCAUCAAACAUGGAGGUACCCCUCUCCACUGGGCAAAGAGUACAGAGUUCGUCAAGCUGGUUCUUGAACAGGAGUACGACAUCGAUGCCAUCAGCAAGAGUGGUGAUACGGCCCUAAGCAUCAUGAUCCAGCGCAGUCGACCGCUCUGCGCCCUCACGCUCAUGACCGCGGGAGCAGACCCAAACAUCGCUGAUAAAAACGGAAAUACUCCGCUUCACCAUGCAGUCAAGAUCAAAGAUUUACAGACAGUUCAUCUCCUCAUUGGCUUUGGGGCAGAGGUCAACAAACUUAACAAUAGAGGGGAAUCCCCUAGACAUCUAGCCGCUACUGACAUCCUCAACACUAUUGGAGGGAUGAUGGGGAUGAAACAAAGGAUGGAGAAAGGUUUUCUGCUUGUCGCCCCCUGGACUCAAAACCCUGAGCAGCUUGUGGAUCGUUACUCAGGAAUGAAUUCCGAGGUCAUUUAUGCUCUCCAUGCUGUAGGGGCGGAGCGUUGCCCCCCUGGGACCAAAGGAUGCCAGGGAGGAUGCAAGCAUGGGGGUCAGAACAAUGGAAUGGCCCCCAAGAUUGGCAUGGACCAGGUUGAUGCUGGAGCCCAAGUCUACAACAAAUACCUCACUCAGUGCAUAGCAGACAUGAGCAUCGCUGCCCGAACUGGCCGGCAAGGAAGAGACGAGAGUGACCUUGCCAUGGACACAACCGAUGGUGCCUCGGAUCCUUCUCAGCGACGGUCAGAGGAUACCGUUCUUUGUCUUGAUGGUGGGGGUAUCAAAGGAUUGAUCUUGACUCAGAUGCUGGCUGCCAUAGAGAAGUCUUCAGGGAAGAAGAUCGUUGAGAUGUUUGACUGGAUCGUAGGGACCAGCACGGGAGGCAUCCUCGCUUUAGCCCUAUCACAAGGAUUCAGUGUAGAAGAAUGCAGGAAACUGUACAUGGCUCUCAAGGAUGAAGUCUUUACAGGAUCCAGACCGUACAACUCAGACAAGUUUGAGUCUUUCCUGCAGAGUACCUUUGGCCCGGAAACUACCAUGGAUCAACACACAUACCCAAGAAUUCUGGUGUCUGGGACGCUGGGAGACCGAAGUCCUCCAGCUCUCCAUCUAUUCCGUAACUAUGACGCCCCAGAGACAUCCUCAGCUUGGAUCGCAGCUAAUCAGGAACCAUUUGAACCCGUUCUAAAACCAUCAGAGCAACUGGUGUGGAAAGCUGCCCGUUCUAGCGGUGCUGCACCAACCUACUUCAGACCGAUGGGUCGAUUCCUGGACGGCGGUCUCAUUGCCAACAAUCCUUCAUUAGAUGCGCUGACUGAGAUCCAGGAGUAUUACAUGUAUAAGAAAGCACAGGGUGAACCAGUGCGUAAGAUUGGGGCAGUGGUAUCCUUAGGUACCGGACUGAUGCCCCUCAAGCCUAUAGCCCACGUUGAGAUCAUGAGGCCUAACAGUGCUGUUGAUCUGCUCAGUGCUGCCAAGUCACUAGCAGGAGGUGCUAACUUGAUAGACAUCAUGGUAGAACAGGUUUGUGAAUCAAGAAUGCGUGCCGUUGACCGAGCGAGGGCGUGGUGUUUCUCAAUUGGCACACCCUUUUUCCGGCUCAGCCCACCACUGAGCCAAGAUAUCACAAUGGACGAGACAAGGGAUCAUGUACUCUUAAAGAUGCUCUUUGAUACGCAGUGUUACAUCCAAAAGAACAAGGAAAACAUACAACAAAUGACCGACGUGAUCAACUCCUUGUAAUGCUUAGGAUACCAAAGAUUUCAGGACUGCUGUGCCAAGGUAGAUGUUGAUGUUAAAUCAGGCAAGGGCCCAGGCAUCUACUCUUGGAAGAUGAUAUUGAUACACGGUUUUACAUUCAGAAGAAUGGAAAAAAAAUAACUAACUUGAUCAACUCCUUACAGUACUGUGGAGUUCUGAACUUUCAUAACACAGUUUUAUGCGCCUUUGCUAAUCAGCCAUUUCCUAGCCUUAUCUUUGAGAGGAUAAAAGAUGGGCAUAGUGCAAUAUGUGAAGAUGGAAGUAUUUUUGCAAGGAGUUUGUUAGUUUAACAUAGCAACGUAGAUGGUAUCAGGAGGAUCGGUUUAGAAUAUCUGCUGAUAAAUGGGUGAUAAUGAGGAUGAUGAUAUGGAUUUAUAGUCAUGGUGAUGAUAAUGGAGAUGGUGAUAAUGAUGUUGAUGAUGAUGAU